CCGUUCCCUCUCUUCUUCUUCCACCUUGCUAUAUAUACGCGCUCACUGGCACGCCACACCGUCCACCAGGCAGCAUUAACUACCUAGCCGAGCUCCACACUCUAUCAAGCGCAGAGGAGUAGCAGAAUGGGCGAGGAGGCCAAUUGCAUCGCCGCGAUGGAGGCCUGCACCAAGGCCAAGGAGAACGGCCACGCCGUGCCGGAGGUGAAGGCCAAGCCCGACGACGCCGUUGUGGUUGUCGCGGCGCCGGCGGAGGCGAAGGCCGAUCCCCGGCUGCAGGGCAUCUCCGACGCCAUCCGCGUCGUGCCGCACUUCCCCAAGCAAGGCAUCAUGUUCAACGACAUCACCACGCUGCUGCUUCGCCCGGGCGUGUUCAGGGACGCCGUCGACAUCUUCGUCGAGCGCUACCGCGGCAUGGCCAUCCACGCCGUCGCCGGGAUCGAGGCGAGAGGAUUCAUAUUCGGCCCGGCCAUCGCGUUAGCCAUCGGGGCCAAGUUCAUACCAUUGCGUAAGCCAAAGAAACUCCCAGGUGAGGUGAUUUCGGAGACCUAUGUUCUUGAGUAUGGAACUGAUUGUUUGGAGAUGCAUGUUGGGGCUAUCGAACCCGGCGAGCGUGUCUUGAUCGUUGAUGAUUUGGUUGCGACUGGCGGGACACUUUGUGCUGCUAUAAAUCUUAUGGAACGUGCUGGAGCUGAUGUCGUUGAGUGUGCUUGUCUCAUUGGGCUCCCAAAAUUCAAGGAUUUCUACAAGCUCAAUGGAAAGCCUGUGUAUGUACUGGUGGAGUCUCGUGAAUAUGAAAAAUGAGAAAUUUGUAACCAGGGGGCGCAACAAUGGCUUUCAUUCCGCAAGUGAACGGGGGGCGGAUGUCGAUCGACGAGUCUGCUGCGGUACAUUAUUAAGGCUAGCUGCUGUAUUAGAGAGGAAGAGGGGGAGAGAGAGGGCAUCGAUGUAGUCUUUGUAGGCUGAGUAGUAGUUUUUUUUUUCAAGAGUACUGAAGAGCUUCGUUGUUCUCGGGAAAAAUGAUCAUUAGCUGAAACGAGAGUUCUGUCGUUCCAUUAUUCAUGAUUAAUUGUGUGGCUUAAA